AUGGACUGGUCAGCUCUCACCUACAUCACAAUCCUGAUUCUUCUCUUCCUGCCGAUGAUUGCACCUGACGACCGGCUUGCCCCCGGCAAGCCGCUCUCCCCUGGCAUGACCAUCGUCUCCGAUGGUGGGGCGUUCACCUUGGGCUUCUUCUCCCCGGCCAACUCCACUCCGGCCAACCUGUACCUCGGCAUAUGGUACAGCGCUAUCCCCGAGCUCACAGUGGUGUGGGUUGCCAAUCGAGAAGCCCCGAUCAGAAACGACACUUCAUCUCAACCAACGCUAUACCUUACCAAUACCUCCAAUCUUGUUUUAGCUGAUGGUGAUGGUGGGCAUAUCAUUUGGACUACCAACUUGACCACUACCACAAGCUCUUCAUCUUCCCUUCUGCCGAUGGCGGUGCUUCUGAACACCGGCAGCUUCAUCCUUCGGUCGCCGAAUGGCACCACCUUAUGGCAGAGCUUCGAGCACCCGACAGACACUUUCCUUCCUGGCAUGAGGAUCCGUGCCAACUACAUGACACAUGCCAGGGAUAUCUUGGUUUCCUGGAAGCAUCCUGGUGAUCCCUCGCCGGGGAGCUUCUCCUACAGCAGCGAUCCAGGCUCCCUCCUCCAGUUUUUCUUGUGGAACGGGUCGCGGCCGGUGUACCGCAGCGCCCCAUGGACGGGAUACCAGGUGUCAAGCCAGUACCAGGCGAAUAACAGCAACCUCGUAUACCAGUCCAUCAUCAACAACGAUGAGGAGAUCUACUUAACCUAUAGCCUCGCGGAUGGCGCUGCCCAGACCAGGUAUGUGCUAACCUACUCUGGCAAAUUCCAACUUCAAAGUUGGAACAAGAGCUUGUCAUUGUGGGCUGUACUCGGGGAGUGGCCGAACUGGGAGUGCGACCGCUAUGGCUAUUGUGGACCAUAUGGUUACUGCGACAACUCGGAGGUUGUCCCUACUUGCAAGUGUCUCCAAGGUUUCCAGCCCACGAGCAUGGGAGAGUGGAGCAGCGGCAGAUUCUCUGAGGGAUGCCAGAGAAAGAAGGCCUUACACUGUGGCGAUGGCUUCUUGGCGUUGCCGGCCAUGAAAGUGCCGGACGGGUUCGUGCAUGUCCUGAACAGGAGCAUGGAGGAGUGCGCCGCGGAGUGUGCCCUCAACUGCUCCUGUGUCGCGUACGCGCAGGUCAAUCUGAGCACCAGCGCCACGGGGGAUUCCACCAGGUGCUUUGUGUGGGCUGGGGAUCUCAUUGACACUGAGAAGAAGAUCGAUGGCAACGCUGCUGGUAGCGAGACUUUGCAUCUUCGGAUUGCUGGUUUGGCUGAUUCAGGUCGAAUACAGGAGAGAAAUAUUUUGAAGAUUGUACUAUCAAUUUUAGCAAGUGUUCUGGUGCUUAUGUGUAUCUCCCUUGUGACAUGGAUUUGCAGGUCAAAAGGGAAAAGACAGAGACGCGAUAAUCUCAAUAGGUUAGUGCUAGGAGACUUGGACAUCCACGAAGGCUUUGGAGCAGGAAGCCCCACUGAAAUUUUUGAUUUUCCAAUGGUAAGUUUCAAAAUAAUUGUGGGUGUUACGAACAACUUCCAAAAAUCAUACAUGAUUGGGCAAGGUGGAUUUGGCAAAGUUUAUAAGGCAACGCUGGAUGGUCGAGAAGUUGCUAUCAAAAGGCUCAGCAAGGAUUCUAACCAGGGAAUUGCGGAGUUCAGAAACGAAGUUGUUCUGAUUGCCAAACUGCAACAUCGGAAUUUAGUUAGACUUCUUGGUUGCUGCUUAGAGGGAGAUGAAAAGCUUCUGAUUUUUGAGUACAUGCCUAACAAAAGCUUGGAUGCUCUACUUUUCAACAGUGCAAGAAAAACAAUGUUAGAUUGGCCAACGCGGUUUAGAAUCAUCAAAGGUAUCGCUAAAGGGCUCCUAUAUCUCCAUCAAGAUUCAAGAAUGAAGAUUAUUCAUAGAGAUCUCAAAGCAGGCAAUGUUUUGUUGGAUGAAGAGAUGAGACCAAAGAUAGCAGACUUUGGUAUGGCAAGGAUGUUUGGUGACAGCCAGCAGAAGGCAAACACGAAUCGAGUCGUCGGAACAUACGGCUACAUGGCUCCUGAAUAUGCAAUGAGAGGCAUAUUUUCUGCCAAGUCUGAUGUGUAUAGCUUUGGUGUGUUGACCUUGGAAGUUGUAAGUGGUGUGAAGAUAAGCUCUACUGGUCACAUCAUGGAGUUCGAAAAUCUCAUUUCCUAUGCAUGGAACCUAUGGAAGGAAAGGAAGGCAAUGGAUUUAGUGGACCCUGAUAUAGUGAAGAGUUGCAUACCAGAUGAAGCUUUGCUUUGCGUUCAGAUAGGGCUCUUGUGUGUGCAGGACAACCCCAACGACAGGCCACUCAUGUCAUCUGUUGUGUUAAUCUUGGAGAACGGAAGCGCGGCAAUUCCCAUCCCAAGCCAACCUGCAUAUUUUGCCCAUACAGAUGAGAAAACAGAACUUGUAAGGGGCAGUACCGAAAACUCAAAGAACGGACUUACUAUUACAGUUCUACAGGGCCGGUAG